GAUGGGUACCACUGAUUCAGAAAGGCUCUGCCAUUCCCCAUCUUUGACAUUUUGGCAUUGAAGUAAUUUUUAAUUGAUCUUCUAAAUUUCUCUGAGAAGUUUAUAAGGCCAGCAGCCUCCAAAGUGGAGGCAUAUAUCCCAGGGGUGUGGGAAGAAAAUACUAGAACUUCUAAAUAGAUUACGUCUGUAUGUAAGAAGCCCAUGUUACGUGCUACACUAAGGCAUCCUGAAGUGACCACGGGGAGGGAAUGCACAAGAGAAUAAUAAGAAAGAGUAGAGUUGACAGUACUAAUCCUAGUACAUGCUUAUCUUUAGCCACAUUAUGAGGUUAAAAAAGAUAACCUAAUCACAUCUAAGAAGUCAGACAAAACUUUUUUUUAAGUCAAAGAAACUAUUGGGAAUGUGGAUUGAGAUUCAUUCUUAUUGUUGAUGAAUCUCACCCUAUGUACAUCAUGCUUUGCAAUAUUAGCCAUCGAUAGUACUGGAGGUAGUUAUGAAUACAUAAACAGACAUAUGUUAAAGGUGAGUGAACAAAAAUGCUUUUCUUGAAGGAAGCACAAUCAAAACAUUUGGGAGAACAUGGGCCAAGUCAGCAUUUCCCCAGAAGUGUGCCCUGGAAUACUAACUCCUCAGCAUGUUAAUGCAGUAGUUCUCCCAACCCCCCUUCACUAACAGACUCAUGGAUUACCUGAAGCUUUCCAUUCUUUUGGUAGCACAAGCCAGCAAAGUACUCACUAAUCACAGCCUUUGGGUUGCAUAUGUUUACCUAGCAUCAUUGAUCGUUGUUUGCUCCAAACCUGUUUGUGCCAGUUUUACUUGUCAUUGUGUUUGAGUAAUUUAAUUAUUAUGUAAACCAAUGAAAUAGGAGUACAAAAAGAAAGAUCUGUUCUCUAAAAACUAAGUUGAAAUAGAUAAACUGUGGUACAUCCAGUCAACGGAAUAUUACUGAACGCUAAAAAGAAAUGAGCUAUCAAAUCAUGAAAAGACAUGAAGGAAACUUAAAUGUAUAUUACUAAGUGAAAGAAGCCAACCUGAAAAGGCUGCAUAUUGUAUGAUUCCAACUAUGUGACAUUCAAAAAAAGACAAAACCAUGGAGACAGUAAAAAGAUCAGUGGUUGCCAGCAGUUGAGAGAGGAGAGAACAAUGAAUAACAGAGCACAGGGGAUUUUUAGGGCAAUGAAACUAUUCUGUAUGAUACUACAGUAGUGGAUACAUGCCACUAUACAUUUGUCCAACCCAUAGUUUCACAAGAGUGAACUGUAAUGUACACUGUGGACUUUGGAUGAUAGUGAUGUGUCAAUGUAUGUUCAUCAGUUGUAGCAGAUGUACCACACUGGUGCGGGAUGUUGAUAGCCGGGGAGGCUGUAUGUUUUGGGUGAGGGUGCAGGGGAUUUAUGGGAACUCUCUGAAUUGUCUGUUCAAUUAUUCUUUGAACCUAAAACUUCUUUUAAAAAAACAAAAGAUGAUGCUUUUGGAUUGUUUCAUGGUCUUUAAGAUUUCUCUCCAUAAAAAGAAACACGCCAAAAACACACACACACUAGAAAUUGUAGACCACACACUAUGUAUUAUGAUUUAUAGAGGAAAGAUGGUACAGAACUCCAGUGAGUGGGUAUAUACAAAGAAAAAGCCUAGGCUCUAUGUUAGAAGAUUGGCAAAUGUUUGUAUAUUUGUGUUUGUUUGGGUCUUUUUUGCGGUACGCGGGCCUCUCACUGCUGUGGCCUCUCCCGUUGCGGAGCACAGGCUCCGGACACGCAGGAUCAGCGGCCAUGGCUCACGGGCCCAGCCGCUCCGCGGCAUGUGGGAUCUUCCCGGACCGGGGCACGAACCCGUGUCCCCUGCAUCGGCUGGCGGACUCUCAAGCACUGUGCCACCAGGGAAGCCCUAUUUGUGUAUUUUUAAUUUAAAUAAAAUGUUUGAGAUAGUGCAUGUCAUUUUUUAAGCAUUCUCUGGUUUAACAGACUUCUUAUGAUUGACGAACCAACUCUUAGUCUUGAUUGCAUUGGACAGGAGGAUUUCUACUGUGUUUUGCAGGGGUUAGGGAAGAAGGGUUUUAUUUGCUUUUUAAAAAUAAGUUUCGGAAACUGGGAGUAAAUAAUGUUAGAAAGGUUCCUUUACUCCAGACUUUCUCAGAGCCUUACUAUCCUACUGUGUGUUGAAUCUCCAGAGAGAGAGUAUGAAAUGUUCUUUGAAUUUAUUUGACCACAGAACCCUUUUAUUCCCUUGGGAAUAUCUUUCAUCACCUCAAAGAACUAGUGUUCUGGGAAGCAGUUUGAGAAAUACAGGAGUACAAAAUUCAUACAUAUGCUUGAAGCAAUAAGGUGUUCCACCUACCAAUUGCCCCCAGCCACCCAGCUGAUCAAGAGAACAACGUGAUUGGCAGUUGUGUGCCUUCAAAUUUCAACUCUUCCUUGGCUUAGGAUGCAGGGGCCCCUCAGGUGCAGAGCGUUGGUGGUUGUGUUAGAGAAGUGAAGUGCUGCCAAACCAGGGUGCCCUUCAGAAGGAGGGGGCUGUGUGGGUGGGGGGUGUUCAGAGAGGAGGAGAGGGGAAGUCGUUUGGCCACCAGGAAGUCAAAGUUUCCUUCAGUCAAAUGACCUAGGAACAGAGUGAGAGGGAAGAAAAAAACCACAAUUGUACCCCCAGUGUGCUAUCUCCCUCCCACCUCCAUGCUUUGUCUUAAAGAAGCCAUGCACACACACACACACCUAAAAUGGGACACAUUUGGAGACCACCAACACCACCUGGCCAGGAACUGUUUCUCUUGGAUGAAUUCUUCUCAUCCUGACUUCGCCUGACUCCUGCCUACAGAUGCAGGUGCAUGUCUGAACUUGAACUCAGGAGGAGGAAGCAUGAGGGAAGAAUUCCCAACACUUCAGUAAAAUAUUACCCCCUUAGCUGAACCCAUAGCUAAACCCCAAACCAGCUCUGUGGGCAUUUGCCAGGUGAAGAUCCCCAAACUAGAAGUGUGUGGCCCCUCGCAAGGAUUAUCUGUGAGCCAGAGACCUGCCAGGAGAGUACCCUGGAAAAAGUAUCCAGUUUCUUAUCUGAGCAUUUCUGAAACAUACAUGAGCUCUGUCUUGUCAAAGUUUAGACUUAUGGAAGUCUUAAACAUCUUAGAAGUAUGAACUUCUAGGCACAACAUUAACUCUUGGAUUUUCUACUUCAACUAUGUUAGGACAGUGGUGAUAUGUCUAUUCACCUUUAUUAUCCUAAAGAAAAAGCAAAAUCAGAUUUAUUUGUUUAUGAUGGAAAGUAGCCAAUUGUAGAAGAAAUGUUGAAUUCCAUUUUGAAAAACAGGACCCCUGAUAAAUAAUAAGUGCAAAUACCAGAGGCUCCUGCUCUGUCAUAUCCACAUUUCGGGGAGGAUUUUGCUGGACGCUUGCUCUUGUGUGCACUGAGUCUCCUGUCUGAAAAUGAAAGUAUGAGUAGGAAAUCUCAUCUAAAAUUAAAAACAGGUGGGGGCAGGGAGAGGCCCUGUGGGUACACUUGCUGGUGGCCAACCCCACCCCCAACAGAAAAGGGAGUGGGGCGGGGCUUGGCUUCCACCUCUGAAGCCCUAUGGCUCUGUCAGUUUCAGGACUCCCCCGGAGUGGGAAGAGGAGAGAAAUCGGUGAGUGAGGUUAAGAGGUGCAAGCUUCCAAUUACAAAGUAAGUGAGUCAUGGGGACAAAAUGUACAGCAGAGGGAAUAUAGUUAAUAAUAUUGUAAUAACUUUGGUGACAGAUGGUAACUAGAUUUAUGGUGGUGAUCAUUUUGUAAUGUAUAGAAAUAUUGAAUCACUAUGUUGUGCACCUGCAACUAACACAAUGUAGUAGGUCAAUUAUACCUCAAUUAAAAAAAAAAAAAAGACUCUCCUGGGGCCAUGGGCGAGGAAGUAGGCCUCACACAAAAUGAUUACGUACACAAGUACUUUUGCUCUCCCAUAUGGAAGUUAAAGAGUGUUGACAUACUUCAUUUUUCCAGCACUGUCAUAUUAUUUUUAAAUUUGAUUUUAUUUUUUAACAGAUAAUGCAUUUACCUGGUUCAAAACUCAAAAUGACAUAAAACAUAUAUAUUUAGCAGGCUUGUUGCCACCAUUGACCCCCUUCUGCCACCCCUAUGUAAUCAUCUAUUUCAGUUUUUAAUAUAUCCUUCUCAGUGCUUUUUAUAUAUAUACUAUUUCAUUCUUUUAUUCAAUGCCUAUUUCCUAAGCACCUGCUAUUUUCUAGGCUAUAUAUUUUAAGCACUGUUUUGGGCAUACAGUAGUUCUCCCUUUUCUGUGGGGAGUAUGUUGCAACACCCCUAGUGGAUGCCUAAAACCAGGGGUAGUACCAAACCCUAUAUAUACAUACAUAUAUAUAUAUAUAUAUAUAUAUAUAUAUAUAUAUAUAUGAUUUAUAUAGUAUACUGUGUUUUUUUCCUAUACACGCAUACCUACGAUAAAGUUUAAUUUAUAAGUUAGGCACAGUGAGAGAUGAACAAUAACUAAUACUAAAAUCGAACACUUAUAACAAUAUAUUAUAAAAAAGUUAUGUGAAUGUGAUCUCUCUCGAAAUAUUGUACUGUACUCACCCUUCUUCUUGGGUUGGUAUGAGAUGAUAAAAUGCCUACGUGAUGAGAGGAAGUGAGGCAAAUGACGUUGGCAUUGUGAUUUAGCACUGGGCUUCUGUUGAUCUUUCUGACAGCUCAGAAAGACGAUCGUCUGCUUCAGGUGACCCUGGAUCAUCGGGCCAUUAUGACGUCCAUGGUUGGAUGUCAGGAGACUAUGUUAGUGGUUGGGGAUCUCGGGUAAGGUGGGAUGGAGCAGGAUGGCCCAAGAUUUCAUCGUGCUACUCAAAAUGGUGCUCAAUUUAAAACUUACGAAUUGUUUAUUUCUGCAAGUUUCCAUUUAAUAUUUGCAGACUGCAGUUGACCACAGGUAACUAAAACUGCAGAAAGCAAAACCACGAAUAAGGGAAGACUACUGUACAUCCUAACUGUCAUGGAGCAAAAAUCCUUACUCUCAUGGAAUUUAUCAUCUAGAAGGGGGUAGACAGACAAUAAUCAAUGAACAUAAGAAAUAAGAAAAUAAUGGAGUGAGGAGGAUGGUGGUGUGAAGGUUCAAACGGGCACAUUGUAAUUUUAAAUAGGGUAGUCAGGAUAGACUUCACUGAGAAAGUGACGUUUUGAGCAGAGUUGAGGAAGGUGAGGGAGUUAGCUGUGUGGGUAUCUGGGGGAAGAGCAUUCCAGACAGAAAGACAGCCCAUACAAAGGCCCGAAGCAGAGCAUGCCUGUCAUAUUCAUGGAACAGCAAAGACCCAAGUGUGGCUGGAGUGGAGAGAGUGAGGAAGAGUAGUAGGAGAUGAAGUCAGAGAGGAAGCAUGAAAGGACAACAGACUGUGCAGGAGCUUGCAAGGACUUCAGUUUACUCUGAAUGUGAUGGGGAGCCUGUCCCAGAUUUUGAGUGGCAUGAUCUGACUUACACUUGAAUAGAAUCUCUCUGGCUGCUAUGUUGGGAACAAAGGGUGGAAGAAGGGAGAGGCUGGUUUUGAGGCUAUUGCAGUAAUCCAGGCAAGAGGAGAUGGUGAAUCAAACAAGGUUGGGAGCAGUGGAAGUAUUAAGUGGUAAGAUUCUGGGCAUAUUUUUAAAGUAGUCACUGAUGAACUGGGUAUAGGGUUUGGGAAAAAGAGAAGAGUCCAUGAUGACUCCAAGGCUUUUGACCUGAGCAACUGGGAAAACUGAAUUGCCAUCAGUUGAGAUGGCAGGUUAGGGAGGGAAGAUCAGAAAUUUAAUUAUGCACAAGUGAAGUUUGAAAUGCCUUUUAGACAUCCAAGAAGAGAUGCCAAGUGGAUAUUAGAUCUAAAUUUGAGGGUUGUCAGCAUACAGAUGGUAUUUAGCCAUGAUACUAAAUGAGAUAGCCAAGGGGGUGAGUGCAGAUAGGAAAAACAAAAACGGUGAACCAAGGGCUGAGUCCUAGGACACUCUAAUGUUAAGAGCUGGUGGUAGAGGGGGGAGGCAGGAGGAGAACCAGCAAAAGGAACCUACAGGGAACAGUGAGGUAGAGGAAAACUAGGACAGGGUGGUGUCCCAACGUCUGUGAUGGAAGUUUCUCAAGAAGGAGGAAGUGAAAAAUUGUGUGAAAUGUUAUUGGCAGUCAAGUAAAACCACUGGCUUUAGCCAUGUUGGGGUCACUGGUGUUUAUGACAAAUCAGUUUCAGUGGAGUGAAAGGUAAAAGCUGUGUGAGUGGGUCUAAGAAGGAUUUUGAGAGAAGUCACAGACAUUAAGUACAGACAUCUCUUUCUGAGAGAUUUGCUAGAAAGGGAGCAAAGAAAUGAGGCAAAAGCUGACAGGGGAAAUGGGGUCAAGUGGAGAAUUUUUAUGAGGUGGGAGAAAUGUGUGCUCUUGUGAAUGAUUCAGGAAAGAGGGGAGAAGUGAUGAUAUCAGAGAAAGGCAAAUAUUUGGACCAAUGACCUUGAAUAGACUUGAGGGGAUAGCCUCUCCCUUUAUUGUUAUUUUCUGUAUCUUUCUUUUAAAAGAUAGCAUUUUAUACCCACUUUUCUACACCUUGCAUUUUCCGCUUAAUCUAUGGUUCUUUUCACAUCAGUACAUGGAGAAAUUCUUCUCUUUUUUUACAGCUGCAUACUAUCCCAUUGGAAGAAUAUACUACAGUUUGUGUAUUGUUUCUAAGUUUUUGCUGUCCUCAGCAAUGCUAUUCUGAAUAACUGUGUAUAUGCCUCAUCACAUGUGUGUCAGCCCUGUUGCUGCUUCAGUGCAGGAGCUAAAGUUCAUCUUCUGCGGCUCUCAACAUUUCUAAUGUGUGACUCUUUCUUCUCUCUUUUGGAUUUCCUCCUCUUUUUUUAUUAACUCUGCAUUCAAAUUAAUUUUGCCUUGUAACACCAGGAAUGUACUUAAAUAGAUAAAUAUAAUAGCUCUUCAUUUUUUUCUGAUCGUUGUGUUAGGUCAAAAUAAUUGUUCAGAUACAUAUAGGGACUUUAUGAAAACAGAUGCCAUAUAGGAUCAAUAAUUAUAUUUGAUUUGGGAUUUUUAGUUAUGGUAACAAAAUAUUGUUCACUGGACUUCAGAGGUACUUUUCCAAAUCUUUUUGUUAGGAAUCUUGUUAGAGAUCUUCCUUAUUCCCAUGUUCUGGAGGAUCCUGUGUCCUCAACCACCACCUCCCCUCCCCUGCCUCACCCAUUAGUUUUUGUGUAUUUGGAAGUGACAGCUUGUGUCCAGUGUUAUGUCUCAGACAGUUGCCAUCUCGUAGCUAUUAAUGGUUGUUCAAUAUUUUCUGGUACUGGUGUUGGUAUGUUUCUCCCCUAGACCUUUGGAAACACCAAGUCAUGAGAGAAAACUUUUCAGUUAUCAGACUACAAAUAGUUGAAAAUUUUGUACAGAGAUUACUGGAGAAUUACCAGGAUGGUGGACUAGAAAUCACUUUCAGGAAAGACCACCUCGAGACCUGCCUCCUUUCCCUGGGUUGUGAUGUGAUGGCCAAAGAAUGCAGCAACUUCGAGAGCUACUCCAUGUGUUAAGAGCAUGUAUUGGAGCAUGCUAGGCAGAAGCUCUGCCAGAAAGAGCAAGAAUUAGACAUUAUACGAAGAGGUCAGAGGCCACCUGAAGACAAGGCUGGUCAGAUUGCAGAGCUCAGUCACAAUAUGAUCAUGGAAGUCACUGCUCUGACUCGACUCACGGAUUGGGAGGAGGAGACUCUGGAUCUCAAAAAGCAAAUUCGAAAAGAAGUCCAAGAAGAAUAUGAAGCAUUAGUUCAAGCUUUGUUUGUGACAUGUUUGCACAUCAAAAAGCUGGAUGAGAAUCAGCUUAAUUUGAUCCAGAAAGUGUGUGAGCUCAUCGGUGAAGUAAGAACAGAAGGGACUGACAAUACGAAAGAAAGGCUAAAGAAGAAAUGGGGCUCCACCAGACCUGACGAAGAAAUGAAAGAAAAUCCAGCCAUAGAGCAGCUGCUGGCCUUGGAGCAGGACAACUGCAGCCUGGCCGCCCUGGUGUGCAAAAUGAGAAGCCUGGGCCACUGGAGGCUGGCGGUGCAGCAGGCGCACUUCCGGGGCCAGCUGAGCAGGGCUGAGAAGGAAGCUAUGCAAAGUAAAAAAGAGUGUUUGAACAUCAAACUAAUGGCAGAACAAGAAGUGCUUUUAUUUUGUCAACAGCUAUUGGCUCUAAGGCAGGCCCUGGCCAGGGCUGAGGCAGACAACGUGAGGAUAUGCAAGUAGCAGGAGAGCCAGGCACAAUUGCUGAAAGAAUUAGAACACAGAGUGACCCAGGAAGCUCGCCACCGGCAGCAGGUGGAUUUAAUGAAAACCUCUAGCAUGGAGAAGCUUUUGGAGGAUGUGGAGCAAAAAGAACAGCACCUGCAGCUCCUUACUGAAGAGUCCAAGAUGACUUCUAAACUGGGCCAGCUCCAGCAGAAGAAAAUUCAGAGAGAACUCUGACAGAUGAGAAGCCGGCUUGCCCACGAGCGUAGCAUGGAGCUGGAUGCUUUCCAGUGGAUGGAAGAGCUACAAAGUCAGCUUAGUGACACUGAGAGAUCCUCUGCCCAGAGGAGCUCACCAGGCGGCCUUAUAUCCCUGGCUCACUACUCCCUAAGUUCUGCUUCCACAUCAUCCAGAUACAGCCAGUAACACCUUUUAAAGACUCAUCUCAUGGGCAGUAAAAUAACAAGAAGGAUUCAAAGGCCAAAGACUGUACCUAUUAAACACAAAAAAAGAAUUGACCAUGUCUUCCUACCCAAUGUGGCAGAAAAUGUUCAACUUUCAGGUUUUCAAGUUAAAAUGGCUCCAUCCAGAAUCCCAUUCAGACCUGACUGUGGUGAUGAUGCACUUCCACAGUAGCAGAAGCCAACUGCCAAGACAAGGUGGGACAUCUAUCAUAAAGGGCAGCAGGGACAUGUGAGUAGUCAAAAUGCCUUGGCACACAGAGAUGUUUGGUGGUUGAUGCACCUCCAUGAAUGAAAUCCUAUGGGCAGCCAACUAUUGAUAGAACAUUGCUUGAUCUACACAGGAGAAACUCUGGUAGCCAAAACCUGACUUGAAUAGGCACAAUGAAGAGUUACAGCCUCUCAUCCAGAUUCCAGACCUAAGUCAAUUCACAGACCAGGGCCCCUUAACUACAGGAGGAUAGAUCCCCUUGAAGGUACAUACCAUAAAUCUUCCUCCAUUUUCCUAGGUGUCUAUAAUUAUUUGCUAGAGUGACUGUUCAUGAGAGGAAAAAAAAAAAUCUAGACCAUUUGGCAUUUACUAGGUACUACCUCUAAAUUAAUUCUACCU